CGAAGAAAGGUAUGAUCCAAAGAAGAAGUUAGCGCUCGCUCUCGAUAAAUAGAGGAGCCAGUCUCGCAUCCGAUCCACCAGUUGAGCACUGCAUCCAUUGGAAGAGCUCGGGACCUUACUAAGUGGCCAGCGAUGGCGUGCACUUUUAACCACGGAUCCCACGACCACCCACUGGAAAUAAUGGGAACAAUGGAGAUCAACGUGCGGGAAGCAAAGUGCCGUGCAUGCGGCCUCUCCUUCAGACCGGGGGACGACCUUUUCGGUUGCCGCAACUGCGGUUUCUUCCUCCACCGCCCCUGCGGCCUUAUGCCGCCGUCGCUUGCGCACCCUUUCCACCAGAAGCACCAGCUCCAGCUUCGUUAUAGACCCGCCUACAAUGACGGCAUUUUCUAUUGCGACAUAUGCGGUAAGCGUGACACAGGGUUCAAUUACCGCUGUCAGACUUGCAAUUUCGACGCCCAUCUGCCAUGCGUUAACCUGCCUCUGAGGGCACAAAAACCAAACCACCGAAAGCACCAACUUAAGCUGCUGUUCCGCGCACCUGCAGGCACCUCCUGUCGCGUUUGCCGCAGGGAGAUCCGGCAUUGCUGCUACAGCUGCAGCGAUUGCUUUUCCAGCAUUUUUGUACAUGUAGGAUGCUCCAACACGCCUCGGGACGGAGGAAACACAGAAGACAUACUACAACUAGUAAGUCGGUCUCCCUCUGUGUCUAUUUAUAUAUACAUAUAUAUAUAUAUAAAGGCUGGCUCAAGCCUGGGUUGUGAGCAGUUGGACCAAGCCCAAGCCAGACUUGCUAUUGAGUCGGGCCCAGCCCGAUGCCCUGCUCGAUCCACUUGGAUUGAGCUUGAUUCAUCCAUUUAAUUGAAUUUAUUUUUUUAAUUCAAUAACCGAAUAUUAGACAUAAUGACACGAUAUUGCUUGAAACACCUACUGUUAAUAUUCUCCUUGUCAAAUAUCUUCUCAGCUGCGUGUUGUGACUAAGGUAUUCCGAAUCGCAUUCCGAAUUGGUCAAUUUUUUGGUGGAAAUUUUGCUUAUGAUUAUGAUUAGACAUAGACGCGGGUGGGUGGUCCGGCGACUUCGGCAACCUCUUCCAACCGCCGCCUGGCCUUGACGGUUAUGUUGGUAGUGCCUUAAGGGCAGAGGCUAGAUGUUUGGCUUUCGAGCAUACGAAAAGGAUGGGCGAGGGCGGGUGCCUCAGCCUCACCGACCUUGUUUCCUCAACUGGUGCCGCUGUAAUAAAAGAAGCUAUAGUGUGCCGUGCCGUUUUAUUUCGAAUAAGUUUGCCAUCUGAUGUCUACUUGUUCGUGUGUGUAGUUUUGCUUCCAUUCUGCGAGGUGCUGUAACGUAUCUGGAUUUGAUGCAAUUUGCUUUUGUUAUAAAUGCUCAAUCCGAGUGAGUUAAGUACUGGACAUAUCUUUGAUACAACAUGUUUUUACAGACUUUUUUGUUAGAAAAAAAAUUCUAUUCAGAAAAAGAUGUCUUCCUAUA